AUGAAUGGUGAUCAUCGUCGUCGCAUCGAUCAGGCCAUAAUCGAUCUGAUCAAUGAUGUCUAUAAGACACAUUUAAGAAAAAUGCAAUCGGAAAUGCAUCUGUGUGCUGCCAAUUGUUGUGAUGAUGUGCAUCGCCAACCCAGCAUGGAUAAUGUUCAGGGUUGUAUUGAAGAUUGUGCAGGGCCAUUGUUGAGGGCCCAGGAUUAUAUGCAACAUGAAUUGGGUCAGUUUCAAGGGCGUCUGCGAAAUUGUUUGAUGCAAUGUAAUGAUGAUGUUCGGGGUCGUAUCCCCAGCAAUACCCAAAAAUCGGACAUAGUAACAUAUGCUAAUCAAUUUGAAAUUUGCACGGGACAAUGUGUGGAGAAAUAUAUUGGCCUAAUACCAAAAAUGAUGAAUACCAUGAAAUCGGUAUUGGAUAAAGGACCGAAUGUUAUGGAUCAAAUGUAG